GUAAGUAUAUCUACUGAAGAGAUUGCAUCUAAUUAUACAGAUACUGUUACGCAGACAAACAUCUCUGAUUAUUCGGGUUUUAACUUGGAUCCCUCUGAUGAUAGUGAGAAUAAUGAUGAUUAUAUGGGCGCAAUGUAUUCUGACGAUGAUGAAG